AGAGAACCGCAUUUAUAGUACCAAAUGGUUUAUAUGAAUUUCAAGUGAUGCCUUUUGGAUCAACGAAUGCUCCGGCUACUUUCCAAAGACUAAUGCAAACAGUUUUACAAGACAGAGUGCCCCACAAAUGCUUGAUAUAUCUUGACGACAUUUGCUGUUGCAUUUUGCCAGACCAUUGGCAAUAAGAUCGUGUUCGACCGGACCCAAGGUCAUAGUGUGGUUCAGUGUAUGAUCGUUAACCUUUGACUAUCUGCUUAGAAAGUUUGCCAGAAUCCUUGAUAAAAGAUAUCUGAUCCCAUCUUGUUGGGAAUACUUUUAUUGAUUCUCAGAUGCCGAACAGCUAUUUAGCCAUUAUUCUUUCUGUUGUCUUGCACGUUAGUUUGUGCUAGAGAAACUCUCGACUGUAUAGCACAGAUUGUAAUGUGUGAUGUGCUUUGUACUUCUAAUAUAAGUUGUUUUCUUUCUCAAGUUUUAUCCGUUUGAAUUGAAUGUGGAGUUUUUGUUUUGAUGUAAUUUAAACAUGGGACACUCAAAAAUGUUUGAUAUGCUAUACAUCGUAUCAUUAGCAACACAUUUGCAUCGAUUAACACACAGAGGACGAAAACUUUUAUGGACCAGCGAGUGUCAAUAGGCGUUCGAUGCUUUGAAAGCACGGUUAACCUCCCCACCUGUAUUAGCCUUCCCGGAUACUUCAGCAGACGGAGGCGAAUAUAUACUUGAUACGGAUGCUAGUUCCUCGGCUAUUGGAGCAGUAAUAUCACAAGUAGCUCAAGAUGGACACGGAAGGGUCGUUGCUAGUCGACGACUAGAUAAGAGUGAAGCACGGUAUUCCACAACACGUCGAGAGAUGUUGGCACUAGUAAAAUCCUUACAACAUUUUCGUCAUUAUCUACUGGGCAAACCCUUUCGUGUGCGCACGGAUCACCGUGCAUUACAGUGGCUCCGCUCUUUCCGCGAACCAGAAGGGCAAGUGGCACGCUGACAGGAACGGCUACAAGAGUUUGAUUUCACAUGCGAGUAUCGACCGGGAAACUGAUAUACAAACGCGGAUGCCCUUUCCCGAAUACCUCAGACCACAGAUACUGUUAACGCAAUUCUUAGUAUAGCUCUGGAGAAUGAUUGGCCCUCCCUGCAAGAAACAGAUCCGGACCUGCAGAUUAUUUACCAAAGACAGUUACACGGAAACAAUAAGCCAUCUAUGAAGGAGUUAAAAGAUCAACCAUUAAAAACUCGUCGAAUUUGCGCUAAAUGGAGCAACCUAAAACUAUAUGGUGACACGUUAUUCCUAAUUAAUGAAUCGAAACAACCCCUACUGAUAGUACCGCGAGUGAAAGUCGAGAGCAUUGUGGAGCAGGUACAUCGCGAACUUGGUCAUGCGGGAGAACGAAGGACUGAAUACACUGUCCGUCAGCGCUUUUGGUGGCCAUCCAUACAUGAAGAUGUAGUGCAAUUUUGUAAGAAUUGGAACACGCGUUACCGUUUUAAAUCGCCUCAGCAGACACCCCGUGCACCAAUGACGCCGAUGGUGACAACAGGACCACACCAGCGAGUUGGCAUAGAUAUAAUGGGACCAUUGACAACGACAAAAGACGUGAAUCGCUACAUACUGGUUAUGGUGAAUUAUUUCACUAAAUCGUGCGAAGCAGUACCCAUUCCGCAGCAAGACGCCCUUACUAUUGCCCGAGCUUUUAUUGAUCAUUGGGUGUAAAAUGUGAUUGAUUCCACAAUUCAGUGUAAAGAGGUUCAAUCAGAGGUUUCCUCCUUAGACUCGUCUUCGUCAUUUAGAAUCCCAAACGUAUGGACAGUCGAGAGAUUACCUAUGUUGCGCAGGACGGUACCAACGACGUCUCAAAUGAAAUCCUGGACGCAUUUAAAAGACAUAAGUUUUCCUAGAGUACAGGAUGAGAAUGUCGAACUGUUGAUCGGGUGCAACGCACCGAGUGUAAACGAAAUGGAAGAGGUAAGAACUGGAAAGCCGAAUGAACCAUUCUCCGUGAAGACUCUGUUAGGUUGGACGCUGUUCGGUCCCUAUGGGGAACCCUGUAAAAGCAAUCGUGUACUCAAUCACCUCUCAGCUAAAGAGGAAUUAGAGGAUAAGUUUGAACAAUCGUAUUCAACUGAAUUCAAAGACCGACUUAGUCGUACUUCAUCGAUGUCUGUGGAAGAUCGCAUAGCAUCAUCAGAAUCUGCAUAUGGUGUCGCGGAGUAUACUCGUUCCGAAGAUGUCUCUCGUCAAGUUCAUUGUUCGUUUUUAUUAACUAAGUAUAAGGUUGUUAAGCCAAAAACUGAAGCAUCAUCUGCUAAUAAAUCCAAAUCAACUCUAAGAAAGCUUAAGGAAAAGAAGGACAUCAAACUGAAAGUGAAGACUACGAAAAAGCCGAAGACCACUGUAACGAAGAAGCCAGUAACUAAGACCCUGAAGAAGCAGGUAGCACAUAUUCGCCGUGGUAUCGAGGAUGAUGUUGAGAAAGGCGCCCUUGUACGAGUUAUGAACAAGAGUAACGGUGCAUCUGGUAGUUCUAUAGGAUCCAAUGCUAUUCUUAGACAGAUCAUGUGUAGUUGGAAUCAGAAUAAGACAGUAAAUGCCCUUUUAGAGAGAGGUUGUGAAUGGCGCUUUGAAAUUCCGAGGUCUAGUCAACGAGACGGUGUAUGGGGACGCAUCAUAAAGUCGAUAAGAAGAAUUCUGCGAUCACUAUUGUUUCAGAAGGUAUUGAUGGAUGAGUCUUCGAGAGACUUAGUGUUAUUAAACAAUGUUGGCUCACUGAGAAGUCUAUGGUCCAAAGCUAUUGUUGAACAAGUAAGCUAUGGCUUUGACGGACAAGUUCGUACGGCGAAAUUGAGAACCGCAAACGAAGAAACUGCUCGCGACGUACGACGCUUAUGUCUACUAGAAGGAGCCGGCUGUCUGAUGGCAACGACGACCCUGGACAACGGACGUGGUGCGCGUUUCGGGGGGAGUGUAAAAUGUGAUUGAUAGACGAACCCACCAAUAAUAAGGGAAACGCCCACCACCACAUCAACUCCUUUUGACCUUGUACGACUGUAUCUCUUUAUUAACCAAUCACAGUUUAAUGUUCAUUGUAAAACAAUAUUGGCUUGUUGACUCAUUUUUCCUAUUCUCUGGCUACUGUUCGGGCAACCAAGAAUAGAUGCUUUAGAAGAAGAAGAGCAAGCUCCGCAUGCACUGAACCUACAGGAUGACCCAUAAGACUGUUUUGUAAACUAGCUCUCCCUUCUGUACAUAACCCGAGAAUUUUAAUUUUCGAAAUAAACGACUGGUGGUUCCCA